GUCGGGGAAUGUCCUGCUGUUGAUUCAGUUGUGAAUGUAGAUGUGCUGAACGGACUUUUCCCUACCUCCAGAGCGAGCGGCGUUGUAUAAAAUGUCAACGAUAAAGGAGAGACGAUAAAGUACAAGGGAGACGUCGUGGGCUGGAAAUUCUCAGCGCCCACGGUCUGUGGUCCUGGUCCCUCCGCCGGAACUGUUGACUCGGUAUCAGCGUGCAGUGGGGACAUUACACUCCGCCCCCGCGGUUUCCGGUUGUGGCCAGGCCGAGGGGAAUGUCUGUGCUCUGAACUUCUCGCCUCGGGCGGGAUGAAGCGGAACCGACGCGGGCGCUUCGUGUCCGCGGCCGCGGCGCACAAGGUGGAGCGGCUGUCGGAGGCCCAGCGGCAGCGCUGGGGGGGCAGCAGGCGGCCCCGGGAGGCGGAGCCAGUGGCCGCCGGGGCAGUGCGGGCCGAGCCAGCUGCAUCUCUUGUUAUGACCACCAGCUACUGCCGUCUGUGCCAUGGAAAGUUUUCCUCAAGGAGCCUACGUAAUGUUUUUGCAAAAGUUCCUCUGAUUGAGACGAGUCCAGAGCGACAGCGCAGAGCACAACAGACUUUCUGUGCUGAUUUUCAGAAGCUAGUUGGUGUUGUGGUGAGGCAGGAUCCCACUUUGCCACAGUAUAUCUGUAGGAACUGUCAUGCUCAGUUUUAUAAAUGUUGGACUAUCUUGAAAAACUUCAUUCAAAAAGUGAAUACUUCACCAGUAGCUUCAGUACAACAUGGACAAAAGGCUAGCAGAUGUGUUGCAACAACUGAAACAUCAUCAAUAGAAAUACUUUCACAAUCUCCAUUAACCAAUUCUGUAUCUGGUGAUUUUAAACGGAUGUUAAAUGACGGUGUCUUAAUCGCAAGUCCACAGUGUCUACAAAUUUUGGUCACUUGGGCUCACCAUCACGGUAGCAGCUGUGGGUCUCAACCACAUGUACAGAGUGUCUUAUCUGCAGAGUAUCGAGGAUUAGUUGGAGCUGUGUGGGGGUGUCCAGAGGGCCACAGUUACAUCUUGGACAUGCAUUCAAAUCAUAAUGUUGUUUUGAAUGAAGGACAGUGCCCAUCUAAUAGAAAUAAGGACUCAAAGGAGGAAGUUCUCGGUAGUUCAAUAACCCUUUCAUCUCAGAAUGGAACAGGUACUGAAAAUGGUGAGGGUGAUAAUGUUGCAAAGCAUCAACCUGUCCCAGUGUUACUUUGGUCAUCAGACUUUCAGUCUUGCACAUACAGUGGAGCUACUUCGCAGUCAGUGGAUGUGGACAACUCGGAAUAUCCAUUGAGCAAGGAUAUGUUUUUGCGCUCAGAUCCUGAAUAUACAGAGUGCUCUUGGGAAAAAGUUCAGAUACAGGAUGCAACUCGACUAUUAAAUGCUAAAGAUCCAGUUAACUGCAAUGAAGCAUCUUGUUCUAUAACAGAUGACGUUGUGGAUGGCUUAGAGUCCAGUGAUCUUUCUGAUAGGUAUUUGUCAAGUGAGGAUGAUGGGGAAAUAAAAGUUAAGAAUGGCUCUUCAGAUGAGUCUUUUCAGCCAUAUUGGGAGAAAAAUAAGUUACCGGUUAAGAAAUGCACUAUUAAGGAUGUGAAGAAACAACCUGGACAAAAACGUGGCCGGAAACCAAAAUCAAACUUAGAAAGGGAGGAUUUUCCCACCAUGUACCGAUGUCAAUAUAAGGGUUGCUGUGCUGUUUACAGAGGAGUUGAUGGACUUAAGAAACACAUAAAAGAGCAUCAUGAAGAGGUGCGUGAACGACCUUGUCCCCACCCAGGAUGUAACAAGGUGUUUCUGAUUGAUCGCUAUCUGCAGCGCCAUGUAAAGCUGAUUCAUACAGAAGAAAGAAACUACAUUUGUGAUGAAUGUGGACAGACUUUCAAACAGAGAAAGCAUUUGUCAGUUCACCAAAUGCGCCAUUCUGGAGCAAAACCUUUACAGUGCGAAGUUUGUGGUUUCCAGUGCAGGCAGAGAGCAUCCCUGAAAUACCAUAUGACCAAGCACAAGGCAGAAGCUGAACUUGAUUUUGCUUGUGACCAGUGUGGGAAACGGUUUGAGAAGGCCCACAAUUUGAAUGUUCAUAUGUCUAUGGUUCAUCCUUUGACCCAGAACACAGAUAAAAACAAACCAGUUGAAAUUGAACGAAGUCAGCUAAGUAUAGAAACAUUCAUUGAACAGGAACCCAGUUAACAUACAGUUAUUCAACAGCUAAAAGCUUAUAGGAGCCUGCACAAAGAGGACCUGCAAACAUUCUGAUGGCACCCCAGGAACACACUGCACCAUUCCAAAGAAAACGCCUCAUGUAGUUUCUUCCUCUAUUUCCUUGCCAUUACUGUGGAGGCAUGGCUCAGCUUCUGACAAGCCUGUUUAGAUCAGGAGUUUACUUAUUUAAAACAAAACUAUCACCACCAAAUCUAUGAAGUUCAGCCAUGGAUAAUAAUUGCAAUAAUUUUUGCUCCAUUUUAUACAGCUUAUUUUAACAUUUUAAAUAAACAAGGUACUUCUGCCCAGGAUUAGCUGGUGUUAUGUUUGUACAUCAUAUCAUGUAAAGUUGUGUGAGAUUCGUUUGUGUUCCAUAUAACCCAUUAUAUUCCACACAAAAUUCCCCAAAUUAAAAAAAAACUGAUUUUACAGCAA